AUGGAAGACAUCUUGAACAAGGAAAACACUGGCGUCAAUUUGCCGGCAAAUCCGAUAAAAAGUGCAGUCUCCACCAAUUCAGUAAUAAAGAAACCACUUGGAAAACUUGACAAUGUGAUGCACCAGACUCCUGGUAUAACCCCAUUUAAAAGCAAUGCUGUGAAACUAGAGGGCAGUAUUGCCAAAUUAUCGCUUCGCAAGGCUCUUAACCCCAAAGAAAAUGUUGCACACAAGGAGGCAGAAGAAAUUAAAUCAACGAGUUGCUAUUUGGGCGCUUACACGUUACACUGCGAAGUCCAAGUCGUAAAUUUGUUCGACUAUAUGGACUUUCCAAACGAGCAAUGUUUAAAGAAGUGCGGCAAAUCUAUCUUGGAAUCCUGGUCGGAUAACCAACCUAAUUAUGAAUCCCUGUUCGAUCAACUUUAUUGUGACCCUCGCACAUUGGAAAAUCAUUUAGAAAAUGUUUGUCUCCCUCCGUUAGAUUCCGAUUUUAAUGACCUCCCAUACACAUACGACCUACCAAAUAUUGAAACUGCAGAGGACGAAUACGUUUUUAACUUGUUUCCGCCAAUGCCCUUCUUGGAAAAUGUUGAUAUUCUUUUUUAAGUGUUUAAUAAUUCGGUUGUAUAUUAGAUUAAUAUAAAUAAAAGUAGUUAUCAUUGUAAUAAGACAAGUAUUCUAAGAUAAACAUUAUAAUUAUAUCAAGAAUUAAUUUAG